CUGAAUGAUAACGAUAACAAGAUACAUUCGAUGUUUUGUCUACACGCGAUUUUUAGUUUUUUUGUCAAAUCUGUUACAAUUAUUUGCAAAUUAAUAUAGAAUGGUGCUAAGUGAUUUUGUAAAGCAAUGGACGUGGAGUUUUUAAGACACAAAUAUGAAGACAGUCAUGAUGGAGUUAUUACGAGAACAAAAUUCAAGAUUGGAGUUCGACAUCUACAAAUGAUUUACAUGGUCUUAUGUACUUUAUCGAUGGGUAUGAUCAGAGGUAGCAACGGUAUCGCAAUCUUAGCUAUUACAGAUCUCACAAGAAGAAACAAUACUAUGUUUCAGAUUCACAAUUGGGAUAGAAGAAUCCAAGGUACAAUUUUGUCAUCUUUUUUCUUCGGAUAUGCUUUAGUCUUGGUACCAGCUGAAAUUUAUUUAAAGCAAGUAGGAGACAAAAUAAUAUUAACUGCUAUUCUGCUUAUAAACGGCGGUCUGGCUGCUGCAAUGCCGACAGUUGUAAAUAAGGGUGGAUGGAUUGCCGUUUGCAAUGCUGAGUUUUUAAUGGGAAUGACUCAAGCUUGCCUAACUCCUAUUAAUCACCAACUUAUUUCAAACUGGCUCCCACCCAGCGAAAGACGAUUAUUUGGCAGUCUCGUCCAAGGAGGAGUUCUGUUUGGUACAAUCGUGGCACUACCAAUAUCUGGCCUUAUGUCUCAAGCACAGUUGGGGUGGGAACUUAUAUUUUACUCUCAAGCAAUGCUGACACUGUCGAUGGGUGCGAUGUGGGCACUUCUGACAGCCAGUACACCAGACCAACAUCACGCUAUUGGAGAUGCUGAAAAGGAAUUUAUAAAAGAAGCCCUUGCGUGCUAUAGAAAGAAACAACUUCUGAAACCAUGGCGGCGUAUUAUGCAAUCGAAACAGUUUUGGGCGAUAGCGUCCGCUCAUUCGGCCGCCGCUGCCACCUUUAUUUUCUUCUUAGUCGAAAUUCCAGCAUUUUUAUUUUUCAUCAACUCAUCUAUAAAAACCAGCAGCUGGCAAACAGCGCUUCCGUUUGCAUCCAUGUGGGCUGUUUACAUAUUAACUGCCCCCACUAUCGACAUUAUUUACAGACUCGGCUACGCUGACUAUCUAUUUGACAUUAAAUACUUCCGCAAAAUCAUCAAUUGUUUGGGAACUUUUGGAAUUUUCAUAGGACUAACGAUUCUACCGAAUUUGGUUUCAAGCUGGAAUCACUGGGGUGUCAUCAUUUUAAUGGGGACGUUGAGUUUACUUGGCCUUCAAUUUUCGGGAUUUCUUAGAAAUGUAAAUGACAUGACUCAAAACCACGCUGGAACUUUGGUUACAAUGUCUUCCGCUGUAUCCAGUCUAGUUGCUGCGUUAAUACCACUUGUGUCUGGUUUAAUUGUCGGUAAUGACUUGACUGAUACAAAACGCUGGAGAAUACUAUUCUUUACACUUGCCUCGUUUUACGUCGUCUGCAACAUUAUCUACGCCGCUUUCGCGAGCAGCGAUCGUCAAGAUUGGGAUGACGAUGGGAAACAGAAAUUUGGCUACAGUAACGAUGUAACCAACUUAGAACUGGAAGAAUUAAGUGAACGGAAGAUAAUGAAACAAGAAACGGAUGAUAUCACUGAAUUUUGAAAAUUUUAAUAUUUUGUAAAUAAUUUAAAAAGUUAAUAAAAUAUACUUUGUUUACUGUUAUAAAAUGAUAUUC